AGAGAAAAUUAAAUCUCAAAUCUACGAACGAAUCGAUUCGGUGGUGUUGACGAUGAUGAGGAUUCAUGCCUGUUAAUGGUUGAUUCACCCUCAAAAUGCCACAUUAUCGUUGAUGGAUUUGUUUGACGAUCCGGAAACUGGUCUAGAAGAAAUGCUAAUCGGAAAAAUAGCGAUCCGGUGACGAUGUCGUGAUCUGAUUUUAGUUGGGAGAGAUUUCGUUAUUGUUUUGUUUGUUUGUUGUUGUUGUUGUUUGGUUAAUUAAUAAGAGGAGAUGAACGGUGGUGAUAAAGGAGAUGUCGCGGCAGCUCCGGCGGGUGCACCACCGCCGCUUGACUGGAAAUUCUCUCAGGUAUUUGGUGAACGCACCGCCGGUGAAGAAGUUCAAGAAGUUGAUAUAAUCUCGGCAAUUGAGUUCGAUAAAAGUGGUGAUCAUCUUGCAACUGGUGAUCGUGGGGGCAGGGUGGUGUUAUUUGAGAGAACAGAUACCAAGGAGCAUGGUGGAAGUAGAAGGGAUUUAGAGAAAACGGAUUACCCGAUAAGCAGGCAUCCGGAGUUCCGCUAUAAAACUGAGUUCCAGAGCCAUGAACCUGAGUUUGAUUAUUUAAAGAGUUUGGAGAUUGAGGAGAAAAUUAACAAAAUUAGAUGGUGCCAAACAGCCAAUGGUGCCCUCUUUCUUCUGUCUACUAACGAUAAAACCAUUAAGUUCUGGAAGGUUCAAGAGAAGAAAGUCAAGAAAAUUGCAAACAUGAACAUGGACCCUUCCAAGGUUGAUGGAAAGAGUAAUGUUGCAAGUUCAAGUGUUUCUUCCAAUACUAAUUUGCAUGUUGCAAAUGGGGGAUACAAUGAUAAAUCUUCCAAUAAUUUGAGCAAUGACUUCAAAUUUCCUCCAGGAGGCAUCCCCUCACUGCGUCUACCUGUGAUAACUAGUAAUGAGACCAACCUUGUGGCCAGAUGUAGACGAGUCUAUGCUCAUGCACAUGACUACCAUAUCAACUCGGUCUCAAAUAACAGUGAUGGUGAAACGUUCAUCUCUGCUGAUGAUCUUCGGAUAAAUCUUUGGAAUUUGGAAAUUAGCAAUCAGAGUUUCAACAUUGUGGAUGUCAAGCCUGCAAAUAUGGAGGAUCUUACUGAGGUGAUUACAUGCGCCGAGUUUCAUCCUACUCAUUGUAGCACACUAGCAUAUAGUAGUUCAAAAGGAUCUAUUCGCCUAAUUGAUUUGCGUCAAUCUGCAUUAUGUGAUAAACACUCUAAAUUGUUUGAGGAACAGGAAGCACCUGGUUCGAGGUCAUUCUUCACUGAAAUAAUAGCCUCUAUUUCUGAUAUAAAGUUUGGAAGGGAUGGAAGAUACAUACUUAGUCGUGAUUACAUGACCCUUAAGCUAUGGGACAUCAACAUGGACUCCGGUCCAGUUUCAACAUUCCAGGUGCAUGAAUAUUUGAGACCUAGGCUAUGCGAUCUAUAUGAAAAUGAUUCAAUCUUCGAUAAAUUUGAGUGCUGUUUGAGUGGUGAUAGCAUGCGAGUGGCAACCGGUUCUUACAGCAAUUUAUUCCGUGUGUUUGGCUGUGGUCGCGGCAAUACUGAAGCAACUACCCUCGAAGCUAGCAAAAACCCAAUGAGGAGACAAGUGCAGACUCCUUCAAGGCCUCCCCGAUCCCUCAGCAGCAUAACCCGUGCGGUUAGACGAGGAGGAGACAGCCCAGGGGGAGUCGACGCAAACGGGAAUUCACUAGACUUCACAACGAAGCUCCUCCAUCUAGCAUGGCAUCCGAGCGAAAACUCGAUCGCUUGUGCUGCUGCAAACAGCUUGUACAUGUAUUAUGCCUGAAAAAAGAAAAGGAAAGUUGUGGUGUGCUGUAACAAAAAUAUUACUACUAGUUGCUUCCUUCUUUCCGACCGCAUUUCAACGGAGUUCGGCUGGCUGGCUGGCUGGCUUACAAGCUCGGAAAUGAUCCACGAAAACAAGCCGUUUCCUGUCCCGUCCCGUCCCCUUUGCUUUGGUUCGGACGACAUCUAUUCGUUUUAUUUAAUUUUUAUUUUUGUAAUUUUGUUUUUGUUGGAAAAAGAAAUGUUUUUUUGGAUGGGUUGGGUUGAAGUGAGGAAGAAAGGAUUGAAAGUGUAGAUGCUCUCCUACAACCUUAAAAAGAUGCAUGUUUAGGGUCUUUGGUACUAAAGUUAAAAAGAUAUAUGUAGUUUUAGUUGAAAAACCU